AUGGGGAGCAGCAUUUCGUGUGUGCCCCAGCACAACUUUACCUUCUCCAGCAAAAGUUUCAUCCGCAGAAACAGUAGUCGCCUCUUUCGGAAGAAGAAUCCCCAAGAGGGCCAGGAGAAGUCUAACAGCAUCAUCAAUAUCCUCUGCACUGUCACCCCAAGAAAGGAGAUGUCCAUGAAAGACCUGCAGACCAUCGAGAACAUCAAAUGGGAUCCUCCGUUCCCGUACGACCCGGCCAGUGGCUGGAAGAAGAGCAGCAUCAAUGUCAAGAAUUACGGCCGGCUGAUUCAUAGCUCCAAAGUUCGUUUCCGCUUCCUGCACUGCCAGGAUGUACACGAUUGUUACCUGGAUCUUUUUCAGACACACCUUCACUUUGUGUCCAACAACACGCCUGGACUGACAUACCAAGGAACUCUUCCACUGAAAGAGAUCACUAUCUGCAAUCUGCAACAGAACUGCAACCACAGCCAACCGAUUGAAUACGCCUUUCAAAUAAAUGGUGAGCUAAACCCCAUCAUCGUCUAUUGUGCCAGUCAAGAAGAAAUGGACCGAUGGUUUAGCCUUCUCAAAGAAAACAUCGAAGCCAAUGGCGGCACAGCAAUUGCACCGCAAAACUACACUAGAGUUAAAGAGAAGACUCCUGCAAGCAGAGAGGAGCUUAGGAGCUCUGUUGACAAAGAGCCCAUCUAUGAGUGGGAGGGCUCCCAGCGAGACAGCCUGGGCCCCAUUACAUACGUCACCAAAGUUCGACUGCAACAUCUACCCUGUCAGCAACAAAGUGACAGACUACUCGUGAUGUACACGUCCACAAUGAUCAUCUUAUCAGAAGAAGAGCACGGCCUCUUCUAUAAGGGAAAGCUUCCGCUCAACAUGAUCACGGUGACCACACCCUGCCAAGACGUCAAGCCCAACUCUUUUAUGAUUGAAGGGAAGCUCAUCAACCCCAUAGUGGUGACCUGUCUGGAUAGGACUGAGUUCUGCGACUGGAUCCAGCAUUUCAAAGCUGCUGAUGUACCUGUUCUCAGCCCACCGCCCCCAGUUUAUGACAUCAUCUACACGCCAACGCACAGAGAGGCACCACAGUUUGACAGGUGGAGUGGAAACAGUCAAGGCUACUCCGAGUCCAUUAAGUUUAGUCAGAGCGCACGUGGAUCUUACAACCGUGAGCUCCCCACUCAUGAAGACAACCCACUUUCACCAGGGUACUCGGAACCUCUCUGCUACAGCCGUCCCUCCUCAACGGACAACACCCGUCUGGGAAGCAGGACCAGUAGCUUCUCUUCCCACACCAAGCCUGAGCGUGAACCACGACCUUUACCACUGUGCUACUCGUCGCCCCAGCGCAGUUCCUACCUCCAGUCUAGAGAGAGCUUUUCUUCAGGAGGGCCACAGCUGUACAGCACGCCUUAUUGUGGCCCACAUCGCUUUGAGAAAGGCCUGCUUGUCAAGUCCAAUAGUUGGAACACAUCUCAAUCAUCCCACGGUUAUUCCUUGAGCACCCCGCAACGACAUUCAGACAUGUGCGCUCCCCGCCAGCCCUUGUCACCCCUCUACGAUGAACCCUGCAGCCCUGAAAUGUUCGUCUUGGAUGAAGCCAGGCCAGUGGUAAGUGGCUGGCAAGAGCCCAGUCAUCUGUACCACUACCAGCAAAAUUCUAGGGUCCCACACACUUCCUUCAAGCUCUGCACCCCGCCAAUGGGCCGAAACAGCCGAAGAAGGAGCCCCCAGAAUCAAGCGGAACAGAGAGCUGAGGCCGUGUCCAGGCUGAAGCUGCUAAAUGCACCCUCAAAAGGCCAAGAUCAGGUGAGAAUGACAUUGCCGCUCAUCUCCCAGGGCACUCCGGUUUCUGGAAUGCCGUGGUACAAGGCCGAUCUUCAUUCAUACCACCAACCCACAGAACCAGAUGACCAGGAAAUAGACUAUGACAACAUUUGGGAGUAUGAUCGCCAUCCUGGAAUGAUUCAGCUAACGUCUGGAAUUUCGACACACUGGACGGGAUUAGACAGCGGGGCCAGAGGCCUUGGUGCUAUGGCAACUGAGCAAAGAUGGUCAUAA